UGUUAAUUGUUCCUUAUUUCUGUCAACCAGUUUGAUGUAUAUAUGUGUCAAAUUGUCACUGACGCAGGCGGCGUCUAAAAUUAAUCUCCAAACUCCGAUAUAAAUGCAUCUCAAAGUUUUCACCUGGAAACCUCACAAGUAAUCAAGGUUUCUCAUAGAGUUCUUUUCGUGGAAUUAAUAAACAUGAAGUUUGGAAUCUUCGUUAUAUUUGCUGUCUUGUGGACAUUUAUUCUGGCAUAUGAUCGGGACUGCCCCGUGAAAUCGAAGGUGAAAUGUAACUACAGGUAUGACGUCCCCUGCUCAACGACAUCGGACUGUAAACGCAAAGGGCGCCGGAAUCAGAUUUGUUGUCCCGACGAAGGGGGCCACCCCGUGUGUACCCCCCGACGCCCGGGUAGGUGUCCUUACGUCAGAACCCGCCACUGUCGGGCCAGUAACACAGUGAAGACAGCCUGCUCCAAAGACAAGGACUGUCCCCUCCCCGCCAAAUGUUGCAUGAACUCACGGUGUAGGAAUUACUGCGAGUUCAACCCAGUUUUAGGACGCGGGUACAGUGGUUAAAAGUGAUGAUAUUGUCAGUAGUUUUUUCAGUUAGAUUUCUUUUUAUGGAAUUGUUGUUGCUGUUGUUCAUAUUUUUCUACUUUUUUUUAUU